AGUGGAAGUAGCGGAGUUGGGCCUCGUCUUGUUGCGCUUUGCACCUUCUCCUUCCAACUGAUCCCCGUGCUCGGGCCCGUGGCUUUGUCCGGGUCUCCAGCUUCGUUCCAGUCGUCGUCGUGGCCAAAUGAGUCAAGGCCACUUUCUUCUUCACGGAGGUUCCCAGCUGCCUCACACAACUAGCGCUUUUAGGAUUUUAUCUCAGCUUGUUUCUUGCUUUCCCACUGGGCCUCGGCGCUUCCAUUAGCUUAUUAGCUUGACCUCGUCAUCCGUAUAACCAUAUUCCAUGUUGGCAUUACAUGUUUACUAGUUUUCUUUAUUGAGGAAUUAACAUAACGGCUUUGAUUUUUUCUUUUAUCCCUGCUUUUUUGAUGGGGUUGGGGUGGGAUGGUUUAUGGCAGACAGCUGCGGUAUCCGAUGACCAUCUGCUAAUCUAAAAAGAAAAGGCACCUCGGCGUUCCAUUUUGGGAAAUAGAACUUUGAAGCGUUGGAGGUGGUUUGAAGGGGUUUCGCCAGUUGUUAUCAAAAAAACAGAGGGGUUUCGCCGGUGAAUUGCGUGAGGCUUCAGUCUGUUUGCAGCAGCUAAAUGUGAUUUGGCACAUCUGAGAUAAUUGAAGGGGUCUUUUUGUCAAUACAAAUGGAGCUAUUUAUUCUUUCCUUCCGCUACACUCAUACUGCAUGUGCAAGCAUUUGGUUUUGGCUUCUGCUAGUACUUCUUUUUCAUAACUGCAAAGAAACUCUCUCAGAUUCAACAUACUUGAUUGGGCUUGGGAGCUAUGACAUAACAGGGCCCGCAGCUGAUGUCAACAUGAUGGGGUAUGCUAAUGCUGAGCAGCUUGCCUCUGGAGUUCAUUUCAGGCUAAAGGCCCGCUCAUUCAUUGUUGCUGAGCCUGGGGGAAGCCAUGUGGUGUUUGUGAAUCUGGAUGCAUGCAUGGCAUCCCAACUUGUCACGAUCAAAGUAAUUGAAAGACUAAAGUUGAGGUAUGGAGGCAUAUACAAUGAACAAAAUGUGGUCAUCAGUGGCAUUCAUACUCAUGCUGGACCCGGGGGUUAUCUUCAAUAUGUUGUAUAUAUCAUAACAUCUCUCGGAUUUGUAAGGCAAUCAUUUGAUGUCAUUGUUGAUGGCAUCGAGAAAAGUAUUAUACAAGCUCAUGAAAACCUCCGUCCUGGAAGUAUCUUUGUAAAUAAAGGAGAGCUCCUGGAUGCUAGUGUUAAUCGCAGUCCUAGUGCCUACCUAAAUAAUCCUGCUUCAGAGCGCAACCAGUACAAGUACAAUGUUGAUAAAGAAAUGACUCUGCUGAAGUUUGUAGACGAUGAAUGGGGUCCAGUUGGAAGCUUUAACUGGUUUGCAACUCAUGGAACUUCCAUGAGUCGCACAAACUCCUUGAUUAGUGGAGACAACAAAGGAGCUGCUGCACGUUUCAUGGAGGACUGGGCUGACCAAAAGGGUUUCCCUAAAGGAAGCAACAGCGUAUACCAUGAUGCUUUUGGGGCUGGCAGCAAACUUGAUAGAUUUCCACGCAGAGUCUCUGGCAUUAUUCCUCAGCCACAUGAGAACUUUGAUGAGUUGCUGCAGCUAGCAUCCUCCUUCCAGGCAUCUGGUGGAAGGCGAUUAGCAAGUUCUGUGAGUGUCUCCCAGCGUGUCCGGAGUGGGGAGGGUAACAAACCAAAAUUUGUGUCUGCAUUUUGUCAAUCAAACUGUGGAGAUGUUAGUCCCAAUGUUCUUGGAACAUUCUGCAUAGACACCGGACUGCCUUGUGAUUUCAAUCACAGUACCUGCAAUGGGAAGAAUGAACUCUGUUAUGGCCGUGGCCCAGGAUACCCUGAUGAGUUUGAAAGCACACGUAUCAUUGGUGAAAGGCAAUUCUUCAAAGCUAUGGAUCUCUUCAACACAGCAUCGGAGCAAGUAAAGGGGAAGGUUGAGUAUCGUCACACUUACAUAGAUUUCUCGCAGCUUGAGGUAAACUUUCCUUCAAGUGGGGGAGGUCAGCAAAUGGUGAAAACAUGCCCAGCAGCGAUGGGAUUUGCUUUUGCUGCAGGAACCACAGAUGGUCCUGGAGCAUUUGAUUUCAAGCAAGGGGAUGACAAGGGUAAUCCUUUCUGGAAAUUAGUUGGGGACUUGCUGAAAACGCCAACUAAGGAACAAGUUGCAUGCCAGCAGCCAAAGCCUAUUUUAAUUGAUACCGGUGAAAUGAAGCUACCUUACAAUUGGGCGCCUUCCAUACUUCCAAUUCAGAUAAUUCGAAUAGGACAAGUGGUCAUCCUGUGCGUACCUGGAGAAUUCACAACCAUGGCUGGGAGGCGUCUCAGAGAUGCUGUGCAAACAGUACUUACCAGUGGCAGCAAUGGUGAAUUUGGUGGCAACGUUCGCAUAGUUAUUGCUGGGUUGUCAAACACAUACUCUCAAUAUGUGACCACCUUUGAGGAGUACCAGAUCCAAAGAUAUGAGGGAGCAUCAACAUUAUAUGGCCCACACACGCUGAGUGCCUAUAUUCAGGAAUUCAAGAAGCUUGCUUCUGCACUUAUCAGCGGUCAAACCAUCCAACCAGGCCCACAACCUCCAGAUCUCCUAGACAAGCAAGUUGGCUUGCUCCCUGGAGUUGUAGUGGACACAACUCCUACUGGUGUGAGGUUUGGGGAUGUCAGUACUGAUGUUCCUGCGAAUUCCACAUUCAAGCCUGGCGGCAUGGUGGCAGCCACAUUCUGGUCUGCUUGCCCUAGGAAUGACCUCCUAACUGAUGGUACAUUUUCUCUUGUCGAGAUCUUAGAUGGUAGCAAGACUUGGAUUCCCGCCUAUGAUGAUGAUGAUUUCUGCCUGCGUUUCAAGUGGUCAAGGCCUUCAAAGUUUAGUUCUCAGAGCUAUGCAACCAUAGAGUGGAGGAUUCCUGAGACGGUUGUCUCAGGUGUCUACAGAAUAAGGCAUUUUGGUGCUUCAAAGAGUUUGUUUGGGUCGAUCACACAUUUCACAGGCAGUUCUCGAGCCUUUGUCGUGCUUUAG